CCUCCGCCGCCGCUGACUCCGGCCCCUCCGCCCCAUGGCCGCCUCGGCGCCGCCCCCACCGGACAAGCUGGAGGGAGGUGGCGGCCCCGCACCGCCCCCUGCGCCGCCCGGCACCGGGAGGAAGCAGGGCAAAGCCGGUUUGCAGAUGAAGAGCCCAGAAAAGAAACGGAGGAAGUCCAACACUCAGGGCCCUGCAUACUCACACCUGACGGAGUUUGCACCACCCCCGACUCCCAUGGUGGAUCACCUGGUUGCAUCCAACCCUUUUGAGGAUGACUUCGGAGCCCCUAAAGUUGGGGGCGCAGCCCCUCCAUUCCUUGGUAGUCCCGUCCCCUUUGGAGGCUUCCGUGUACAGGGGGGCAUGGCAGGCCAGGUACCCCCAGGCUACGGCACUGGGGGUGGAGGGGGUCCCCAGCCUCUUCGUCGACAGCCACCCCCUUUCCCUCCCAACCCUAUGGGCCCUGCUUUCAACAUGCCGCCCCAGGGCCCUGGGUACCCACCCCCAGGCAACAUGAACUUUCCUAGCCAACCCUUCAACCAGCCUCUGGGUCAGAACUUCAGCCCUCCCGGUGGACAGAUGAUGCCAGGCCCAGUGGGGGGAUUUGGCCCCAUGAUCUCACCCACCAUGGGACAACCUCCCAGAGGGGAGCUGGGCCCCCAUUCUCUCCCCCAGCGCUUUGCCCAGCCAGGAGCACCUUUUGGCCCUUCUCUCCAGAGACCUGGUCAGGGGCUCCCCAGCCUGCCCCCCAACACAAGUCCCUUCCCUGGUCCGGACCCUGGCUUUCCUGGUCCUGGUGGUGAGGAUGGGGGAAAGCCCUUGAAUCCGCCUGCUCCCACUGCUUUUCCCCAGGAGCCUCACUCAGGCUCCCCAGCUGCUGCUGUUAAUGGGAAUCAGCCCAGUUUCCCCCCAAACAGCAGUGGGCGGGGUGGAGGGACUCCGGAUACCAACAGCCUGGCACCCCCCAGCAAGGUGGGCGGGGGCUCAGGCCCUCAGCCUCCCCCAGGCCUGGUGUACCCAUGUGGCGCCUGUCGCAGUGAGGUGAAUGAUGACCAGGAUGCCAUCCUGUGUGAGGCCUCCUGCCAGAAGUGGUUCCACCGAGAAUGCACAGGCAUGACGGAGAGCGCGUACGGGCUGCUGACCACCGAGGCCUCUGCUGUCUGGGCUUGCGAUCUCUGCCUCAAGACCAAGGAAAUCCAGUCUGUGUACAUCCGGGAGGGUGUGGGGCAGCUGGUGGCUGCUAACGAUGGGUGACGCUGGCCAGGGCGAUGGUUUCCAAGUCUGGCUCUUGGCCCUUGUUUCCACUGGCUUCCCGUCCCUGUUGGGCAGAAACAUGGUGGCUCCGGGGGGCAGAGAAGGAACCGAGGUGGGCAGGCAGAAGAGCCUGGAUUGCUCACUUUUCUGGAAACUUACACAUACAUGUUGAGAUCAACAGAGAUCCAGGAAAUCAACCCUGCCCAGCAUUGUAGUGGCUCCAAUCUUCAAAGGCCGAGGGAUGAGGCUGCCAGAGAAGAGAGGCUGGGGGGAGAUCUGGAGGGCAGGGGUCUCUGUGCAGAUGAUGGAUGCCCUAGCACCUGUGCCUAACACUCCCAUCUAGCCCCGCAGCUGCAGCCUUAGUUUUUGGAGUGAAGUGUUAAAGGUUUCUGGUCAGAGGAGUGGGGGGUCCCAUCCCUGAAGUAGCCUCAUCAUGGGCUUUAGUAGGAGACAGCUUUAGGGAAUAAAUGGGGAGUUUCCCUAUUUCUCACCUCCUGUGGCUUCCUCCCAAGACCUACCCAAUUCCUCCCCCCUCGAGAACCAAAUAGCUUGAAGAAGCAGGAGAGCUCUUGGCUGGGGCAGUUUCUUGGUGAUUUGGGGCUUCAAGAGUGUGCAUAAGAGAUGCUGUCCGACGCGUGUCCCUCAUACCAAAGCCAGUGGCCCUUUCUCAGCCUCUCGGGCUUUUCUCCUAUGACCACAUUUUUGCCAAAAAUUGGGAUACUCGGCCUGACAAACCAGAAUAUUUGAAGUUCAGACUGUCCUGGAACAUGGACUCUGGCUUACCAACCUUCCUGCCUCCCCUGGUUGUUGCACAGUAGUGUCCACUCUGGUCUAGAGCUUUUGGCACCUGUAUUCUGCAUCCCUGGUUCGAUUGAAGGAAAGCCUGGAAAGGCACAGAGCUCUUAUACCUCAUCUGAUAGAAGGAUCCCUGCUCCAGCCUGUGGGUGAGGGAGGCAGCGGGACGGUCAUUGCUGUGGUUCUGAAAUGCAGUCCAGAGUCUGGAUGUAUUUUGCUUCUCUUUCCCUACCUUUCUGUGUAUCUUCUUGGGUCAGGUGAUCUAGGAGCUCUUAUUCCCCUCAGCCAGAGGCCUGAACUGGGCUUCGUGUGUUAGUAUUUUAUUUUAUAGGCUCUGCAUGCCAGAGAUGGGCCAGGGGCUGCUAGGAAACUUGAACUGCAGCUGGCUCUUUUGCUUCUCAUGCACACAUUCCUCAGUGGGGUGGAAGGCAGGCAGCCACGUGGCCCAGAGAGUUGCUAGUGGUCGGUCCCCUGCCCCCUUCUCUUGGACCCUAGCGUGUGAAGAGAAGAUUUACACAGGCAUACCGCAGACUCUUCUGCCUGCCCAGCUGGAGCCAGCAAGCCAGCAAGUUUUGAGGCUGUGGGAAAGAAGUGAGGGGGUUCUGGGCUUCUCUCCGCACCCAGUUUUGUGUUGUGUCCUGGUUCUGUUGCCCUUCUUCUGUUGCUAUUUUUGUGAUGUCUUCCUCCCCACCGCCAUCUCCGCCUUUUUGUAAGUGGCUCCUGGGAGAGGGAGUCUGUCAAUCCUUCUCUUCCUCUCACUCCACUAUUUGGAAGAAAGUGGGGGUGGCAGAGAUGUGGGGGUGGGGGGUCUUUUGUACGGUUGGAUUAAUAAAAUGACUUGAAAACCCAGACAAGGACUCCCGG